UCAAAAAAGUGGUUUUGAAAACUUGAAAAAUCAAGCAAAAGAAGCAAGUAUGCGUGUUCUCACUCUCCUCCAUUAAAAUCCAACAGCUGUUCAAAACGUGAAACCAGUACACAUAUCGAAAUUCCAAACGACUUUGAAUUUCCAAAUUAAAUCAAAAUCAAAUCAAACCUUUUUUUUUUCUCGUCAAACCCUAACCUAACUUCGAUUUUUCCUCCUUUUUCAUCAUCAGAUCAAUUUCAAAUCUUUCUAAAUCAAUUCAAUUCCUCGAUUUCUUCCCCUUUUUUCAUUCAAUUCAAUUAUUCGCAAAAUUCCACUCUCAGCAGAGUUUCCAAAUCCCCUGAAUCACCAAUCGGCGUAAAAUUCCAUCAAAAUUGACGGCAAAUGCGAAGCAGAUCUAGCAAAUCCUCAUCAAAUUCAAGCUUAAUCAUCACAAAUUCACUGGAAAUCAACGGAAUUUCAUCUAGAUUUUCAAUCAGUUUCUGACAUAUGAUAAAACUACGAACUGCAAAAUCGCCAUUGUUAUGGGAGCAGCAGAGAGGAAGAAGUGGUUAUUCGCACUAUUCUCCGCUUUGUUAGUCUCUCUCCUCCUCUUUCUCACUGCAAUUUCUGGGCUCAACGCUUCAUACGCUUUCACUUCUUGGAGUAACAAGCCAACCGCAAUCCUCAACCGAGGGCCGCAAUUCCCGCCAUCAUUCGCUUACUACAUCUACGGCGGUGCCGGCGAUAAGGAACAAAUUCUACGACUAUUGCUUGCUGUGUACCAUCCCCGGAAUUGGUAUUUGUUGCAUCUAUCUGCGGAUGCAUCGGCGGAGGAGAGAGAAUGGCUGGUUGCUGCUGUGAGGUCGGUGCCGGCGAUUCAGGCUUUCGAGAAUGUGGAGGUUAUUGGGAAGCCUAUAUGGCUGACAUACAUGGGAGCUACUAAUAUCGCGGCGACGCUUCGAGCUGCUGCUGUGUUGUUGAAGCUGGAUGAUGGGUGGGAUUGGUUCAUUACUUUGAGUGCUUCGGAUUAUCCAUUGCUUACUCAGGAUGACUUGGCUCAUGUAUUCUCAUCAACUAGGAGAGACCUCAAUUUCAUUGACCACACCAGUGAGCUCGGCUGGAAAGAACAGCAAAGAAUUCAACCUAUCAUUGUGGACCCUUCAAUAUAUUUAGCUAGAAGAAGUCAGAUAUUUACUGCAACACAAAAGCGGCCUACACCUGCUGCUUUCAAAGUUUUCACAGGUUCUCCCUGGGUUAUGUUGAGUCGAUCCUUUUUGGAGUUUUGUCUCUUUGGUUGGGAUAAUCUUCCUCGCACCAUCUUAAUGUAUUUUAACAAUGCGGUGCUACCUGAAGAAGGCUAUUUUCAUUCGGUCAUAUGCAAUUCGCCAGAGUUUAGAAACACAACUGUUAACAAUGAUUUGAGAUACAUGAUAUGGGACAGUCCUCCAAAAAUGGCGCCCCACUUUUUGAAUGUAUCUGAUUUUGAUCAGAUGAUUCAAAGUGGAGCUGCUUUUGCACGCCGAUUCCAAAAGGAUGAUCCAGUGUUGACGAUGAUUGACGAGAAUAUUCUUCAUCGGAGACAUAACAGAGUUGCUCCAGGAUCAUGGUGUUCUGGUCGAGAUAGUUGGUUUACUGAUGCUUGUGCGCAGUGGGGUGAUAUCAACUCUUUGAAGCCUGGGCUCCAAGCAAAAAGGUUUGCAGAUUCUAUGACAAACUAUAUAGAUGACCUUAACUCACAGUCUACACAAUGCAAAUGAAAGCAACUGAUAAUUUUCCUUUGGGACAUGGAGGCUCUGUAUUUUUACUUAUAUCAAAGCAUGGGAGACCACAGGUGCACAUUAGUCAGCUUACCGAGGUGGUUUAGAGUCAAAUAUGGAUGGGACUUUGUACUAAUUCCGUAUACAAAUUGUUCAUAGUUUGGUGGAAGUUGGGAGAGAAUGGCCGAUCCCUUAUAGGGACUUUUGAGCCUGCAUUGUGGCUUAGAGGGGCCAGCAUUGAUUGUAGAGUAAUCUGGUCUCUAAAAUAACUAGGAAGUCACUAUAUUAUGCGGCAGUAUACAUACUGAUGAUCCUUUUGUAUCUUUUUUGUAUGAUAUCGUUGUUGAAAUAGGCUUAUGGUCGACUUUUUUCGAUGGCCGUGUAUCAGAUUUUUACUAUCCCUAUGUUUAAUUAAUUAAUUCUUCUGA